UCAAUCCGGGCUCCUGAGUUUGAGGAUUUCUGCCAGAAAGAUGCUCACGAGUUCCUGACGACUCUUCUGGCUCAGAUGAGCAGAGAGUCCCUGCUGCUGCAGGAGGUCGCUGCCAGCGUGGGAUGGAGCUACAGGUGCCCCGUGGAGAGGCACUUUGGGUUCAGGAUGCAGACCACCUGGACCUGCAAGAGCUGUGGAGCUUCUUCUGCACACGAGGAGAACUUCACCAACCUGUCUCUCAACCUGGAGCCUGGAAGCUCAGUCCAGGAGAUGAUCCAGGACUACCUGAAGGAGUCAGAGUUGGAUUUCAGGUGCGACUGCGGCGCCAACUCGUCCAGCCAGCAGUCAGCCUUCGUCACGCUGCCCAAAGUGCUGAUGCUGCAUUUGAAGCGGUUCACCUUCACGCCGCGGCUGGGGCUGCAGAAGCUGAGAGACCAGGUCGACCUCUUCAGGGAGCUGAUGGUGGUCUCAGAGCAGGGUGACGGCUGGUACAGUCUGGUGAGCAUCAUCAGCCAUCUCGGCUCCGGGGCGCACGCAGUCUAUGUUUUAUAA